CCUAGUGAAGCGACAAUGCAAGUACUAAUGUGAAAGGGGUUUGGCAAGACUGCUAGAGGAACGAAUAAUCUAAAUUAUAAAUCUGUUACGUUAACAUUUGUACUGCAUCAAGACUAUGUUCUAUGACCCCUCAGUAAUCGACUGAAAGAACACCGACCGGUGCAUCAUGUCCUGUUCUCGCUGAUCAAGCACCCCUAUAAUAAACCUAGAGUAAACACAGAUUUGGAGUCUGUGUACAAACCCUGCUCUUCAUCAUGGAAACUGACACGGUAAUCCCGAUUUGGCAGAACAAGCCGCAUGGAUCGACACGUAGUGUGGUGAGAAGAAUUGGCUCCACCCUGCCCCUCAAACCCUGCCAACGGGCAUGUUUUCAAGCACUCCCAGGGCUGCCCCCACUGCGGCCCAUGGAUGGCCCCAUGGUCCCCACGCUGGCAGACAUCGCCUGGAUAGCCGAGGACGAGGAGGAGACCUACGCCAGAGUGCGGAGUGACACUCGUCCCCUGCGACACGAGUGGCGCCCCACGCCCUUGCUGGUGCUCCACAGGAACUCCUCCGUGCCGAACUUCCGGCGCGAGGGCAAGAAGGUGGAGGGGCUGAAGAAGCCGGGAGUGACAGCACUGAAUCGCACAACUGCUCUGCAGGAUGAGCUGAGUCGGCUGAGAGCACAGAUCGCCAAGAUCGUGGCUGCAGAGUCAGGCUCCAACCCACUGACCCCUGACCUCCUCUCCCCGGAUGACACCAGCAUAAGCUUCUCAAUGGCCCCAUUCGAGGCUGCGCCCUACCAGCCCAGCGCCGCCUCUUUCGUCAUCAGCGAUGUGACAGAGGAGGAGGAGGUGGAAGAGGAGGAAGAGGAGGAGGACGAAGAGGGGGAGGUCUCUGAGCUGGUGCCCGACCCCCUCCCUCCUGUCUCCAUGACAGCCUCAGCGACCUUCGACCUUGACCGACCUACUAUGGAGUUUCGAGAGGCAGAAGAGGACACUGUGUCGCUGUCCAAGUCCACUAGCUUCGCUGAUGUCAUGGACAUCCUGAAGGACAUGAACCGCAUGAAGAUGAGCAAGGACAGGUACAAUCGCGGCUGUACCUCCCUGAGGGAUGAAGACUCUGCCUCCCUGAUCUCCGAAGCACUGAGGAAGAAGUUCACUCUUAAGGACGAGGAUGUUUCCCUGAAGGAGAAGUAACCUCCAGCCCCGCUCUUCAUGUCCCCUCAGCUCCACCCCUCAAAGCUUGUGCCUGUGGACCACGUUCCCAUGGAGACUCCAUCAGGACCCGACAGCACCGCAUCCACAAAGCACGGCCAUGCCCUGGCUUACAGGGCGCAUGAACACAGUGUGCGCCCCUCGACUCUCCGGUCCGCCAUGGCCACCCUUCCAGCUCCCACCUCCCGCUCCCACCUCCCGUCUGUCACGGGUCGCCUACGAAGAGGACUGCUCCACUUCCUGUUCUCAUCCUCUGCCAUGCUCACACUCGUUCUCAUCAAACAUGCUUCUGAAAGUAAAGAACAAAUUGCGGCAGAGGAUCCCAUUCCACUCUCUCCUUAGUUCUCCUCGUCUCUUCCAAGAUCCUCCAUGGACUUCUGACACCCCCCCCC